AUGUCCAGAAACUCCCCACCACCGCCCAAGCAGACUGAGGAAGAACAACGAGCUCCCCCAUCCACCACCACCCCUGCAUAUUCCGCUUUCUCCCGCCACCAAAAGAACACCAUCCUCGCCCUCGCCGCCUCGGCCGGCUGGUUCUCCUCCAUCAGCAGCUUCAUCUACUUCCCCGCGAUCCCAGUCCUCGCCGCGGACCUUGACGUGAGUGUUGAGAAGAUCAAACUUACCGUGACAUCAUACCUCAUCAAGUCGGGGAUUUUCCCCGCCAUCAUGGGCGAUGCCGCCGACCGGUUUGGACGACGGCCCGUGUUGUUGCUGGGCUUGUUCGUAUACCUGUGUGCGAAUGUUGGCUUGGCUUUGCAGUCGAAUUUUGGACUAUUGUUUUUCUUUCGUAUGGUGCAGAGUGCAGGUGUCUCGGGCACGUACUCGAUUGCGUAUGGAGUCUUGGGUGACCUUUUCACGCCCGCCGAGAGGGGUGAGUAUUCGGGGAUCAUGUCUUUUUUCCUGAAUACUUCACCUAGUAUUGGGCCCGUGCUGAGUGGGCUGUUACUACUUCGUUGGUCGUGGCGAUCAAUAUUUUGGUUUCUGUCGGCCGCUACCCCUUGUUGUUUGGUCCCGAUGAUCCUGUUUCUUCCAGAGACAGCAAGAAAUAUUGUCCAAGAUGGCACUGUGACCGCAAAGGGCUUCAACCGGCCCCUGAUAUCGGCCCUUGUUCCUCAAGUGUCCUUCUCAAGAUGUCCGGAAGUUCUCGUCGAACCUGUCAAGAAGAAACACAGGCACUUUCCCAAUGCUAUAGCGUCUCUUAAACUCGUGAGGAUUCCCAAUACGGCUAUUAUCCUUCUCGCAUACGGUGUCAACUAUGCGACAUACACCUGCUUGCAAGCCUCCCUCUCCACAAUAUUUCUCGAAGUCUAUGGAAUCACAGGCGUAGCUGCAGGGCUCAUCUACCUUCCCUUCGGGUGUGCCUGCGCGAUAGCUGCGUUCGCAACUGGUACCCUCCUGGACUGUAACUAUAGACGGACAGCCACUGAAGCCGGCAUCGCGGUCGACAAACGCAAGAUCGGCGACCUUCUCAAAUUUCCCAUUGAACGGGCCAGAACACGCACUAUAAAGCUUUUCGUGGCGCUGAGCGCGGCCUUGAUCGUUGGCUAUGGCUGGCAGCUCAAUACCAAGACUUCAAUGGCUGGGCCUCUUGUUGAGCAAUUCUUCAUCGGUCUCACCAUCCAGUCGCUUUUCACGGCGUUGAAUACGUUGAUUGUAGAUAUACAUCAAAACUGCCCAUAUACUGCACAGGCGGCUUGCAACUUUGUUCGUUGCGAGAUGGCUGCGGCGGAUCUCGCGGCUUUGGACCCAUUGUUGCGAAGUCUGGGCCCGGGCUGGUCUUUUGUCAUUCUGGCUGCGCUUGUCUUCUUCCUCGUUCCACUGUUGUUGCUCUUGGAGUGGCGAGCCCUAAAGCGCUCCUGGGUUCUUGCAUGUACUGUCUAG